GAUUGCCCGCCUUGGAAUACCACAUGUGUCUGAGAACCGGUGGUCUGGACGAACAAUGCAAGUUGACUCCGAGGCAAGUCUAAACUUCGCGCCACUGUGACAGAAAAAACGUCCACGUCCACAUCCGAAAGGGCAUUGUUUCCAAGUACAAAAACACGAAAAAUCAAGAUCCAAUCCCUCAUCCGCCGCGCCCUAGACAGACAUGGACCGCGCCGCCACUCAGCAUGCUGCCAUAUCCAAAACGGACACGAAACGGACCUACACCCACAAGUGUGGCAGGUGCCGUACCGUUCUUGAAUAUGACACACACGCCGACUGGCCCACGAUCAGCCUCCUUGUCAAUGAACACUAUUUCGCAUGUCCAGUAAAGUUCGACUUUCGGCGUGGGCCUGCCCUAUCUCACCCCUCUUCCGAACCCGAUGACGCACAGAGUCCUAUAUAUGACUCUAGCGAGAACGUAGAUGCCGCUGAUGGCAAGCAAGAUGAGCCACUCAUCCAAGUCGCGGGAUCUAGCAAGCAGAGGAAAAACGAGGCUCAGCGGAAACAGGAGUUAGAGGACGACAAGUACACUUACGACGUACGACCCACAUCCGUCAUAUGCCGUGGGUGUGACAGAGAGAUUAGCCUGGACAAGCGCUCGAGAUAUUACCCAGGAUUAUGGAUGAAACAUCGAGGGAAGUGUGCAAGAAUAUACAAGAUCGAGAACGAGAAACUCGCCCGAAGUGGAGACGGGUUUUGUCCGUCAAAUACAGAACAGCGCCCGACAGCUGCUAGCUUGUUUGAGCUAGAUAAUCCCCGAACUGACGGCAUUUCGCGAACGGCGAACUCUGUUGAGGAUAAUACGUUACGAUCGAUGGAACUGUCGGACGAUGAAGGCCCGGAAGAGGAGAAUCAGGAUCAUAUCCCUUUCGCCGGUAAGUCUGUCCUUGACGGGAUCAAACACGAUGUUCACCACGAACCAUAGCAUUGAACCAGCGAUUUUAUACCGAGUGCCGGCGAAGGGGAGACGUGCCAUGGAAGUACCGGUACGCCACCACAAAGGAAAUUAUGGAGCAAUCAUUGGGCGACAUUGGAUCCUAAGUGAUGGGCUGAGUAUCACAAACCAAAAUCCAGGCCAUGCGUAGACCCUUUGUUAUGUGCACUUACUAGUAGUACCGACGGUGAUGCUGCUUUGCUGUCAACACGUUCCUUUGUGUCCUGGCAACCGACAGCAUCAAAUUUCCUGCUGAACUAUAAACCUCAC